GUCUAUCUUUGAAAAUAUAUUUUUUUAUUAUUUAAUUAACAUAUACAUAAAUUGUUUCUAUUCUCUAUAUAAUUGUUCAUCAUAUUAUUUCAUUAUAUCCAAAACAUUUAAUUUUGUAUAUAAUACAAAUGUAUAUUCAUGGUGUAUGUAUAUAGAGCAGUACAUAGGAAAGGAUUAUCUACAUAUAACAUCUUGACGUUCUAGAUUUGUUUUAUGGCACAUACUAAGCUUUGAUAUGAAUUUUAUCUACGUAUAAGUUGUAAAUAUUUGGACAAUUAAUUAAUAUUGGCUGAACAGUAAGUACUUGGUUCGAUUUCUCUUAAUGGACAAGCGCCUUAAAAAGAAGUGUCUUUAAAACAUAGAUGUCGCAUUUGUAACCGGAAAACUUGUAGAAUUAAUCAAAUUUCAAUAAAAAAUAUAGUUGUAGGAUAUAUUUUUACUAUAUUAUUUUUCACGUGACUUUGAUUUAAAAAAUGAAUUGAAAAAUUUGAUUUAUAUUUGUGAGAAACGGUAUGUGUUAACGAAGUAGUGUUGAAUUUGAUUCAUGAUGUAUUUUCGAGUGACGCCGCAGCCAUGAUUGUUUAGUUUCGGGGGAUGAAAAGUGAAUGCGAGCUACCGAUUUGAAUGAAACGCGUGUGACCACAACACAUACCGACUUAUUUCUGUAUUUAAUAAGUGUGUCUGUUAAUUAAGAGAUAUGGCCAUUUAGAUACUUCUCUGAAAUGUGGUUACGAAGUGAACAUGUUAGUAGAAGACUACGUGGUCGUUUAAACGUAAGUUGUGUAUCCAGAACUAAAACAUCUCACCAUCGGGUACAAGUUAGCAGCUUACGAAAACUUCCAUCUGUAAAUAAUAAUAAUUAUCGCAUUAAUACACCAAACAAAUGUGGUAGACUGACACGAUGGAAACAUAGAUGUACUCAUUUCUUAAAAGAGGCUUGUAAAGAAAAUGUUUUACGUUUCGUAAAAUCUGCGCCUAAUAGACGAGAGAGAGGGCCUCGUAGAAGAAAAUGCAUAAAACGAUCAAUGGUUACUUCAACUCCUUUACACCGAUCUUCGACAAAAGAUGCAGUUAUUCCAGAAAAAUGUGCAACAGUAUCAAAAGUUUCUGAAGAAUCUAAGGAAAACUGGAAUACAACUAGUUUAUCUUUGUACUCAUCUAUAUUAAACACAGACUCAUGUUGUUCUUCCAUAAUCAGUGUAAAUGACAUCAAAUCUUCAGUUUCGAGUGUAUCACCACUAUCAAAUCUAAUGCCUCCUGCAUCUAUAGGUUCAAAUUCAAACCUUUCAUAUGUAUUGGAUGAUGAAGAAAGCAAAAGUAUUGAUACUAGUUUGCUGUAUUAUUCCGCACAUUGCACACAAACAGAAGCAUCUGAAGAAUGCUAUAGAUUAAUGCAUUCUACGUCCAUGUAUGGAACUCGUUCUUAUUCAUCAGAAAAGUAUUUUCCAAAUGAAAAGUACACAUUUAGCAAUAAUAAUGCGAACAAUAGUAAUUCGUCAAAAACUCAAUGUUCUGUUGACACCCAUUUGUCAAAAUAUGAAUCAAACUUUACUACUACAAAAUAUGGUACUACAACCAUGUAUAAUCUAAGCCAUCAUCAUUCGCCAGAUACAAAUGGGAAUGUUACUGAAAAAUAUGAUUCCGAUGAUAUUGAGAACGAUUACCAUGACGUUGAAUAUAUGGAAGUUGGAAGUGAGGAAAUAGUAGAAAGUUGUGAUAUGGAAAAUAUGGUUACUCAUGUUCAAGAAGAUUGGGAACCAUUUGAUCCUUAUGUCUUCAUUAAACACUUACCACCUUUGACUCCAGCGAUGAGAGCCAGGUGUCCUGCUCUUCCUCUUAAAACACGCAGUAGUCCAGAAUUUAGUCUCGUAUUAGAUUUGGAUGAAACAUUAGUUCACUGUAGCUUGCAAGAACUUUCGGAUGCAGCAUUCCGCUUUCCAGUCGUCUUUCAAGAUGUAACAUACACGGUGUUCGUCAGAACAAGACCCUAUUUUCGCGAAUUUUUAGAACAUGUCUCGUCAUUGUAUGAAGUGAUUCUUUUUACUGCAAGUAAACGAGUUUAUGCAAACAAAUUAAUGAAUCUAUUAGAUCCAACACGAAAAUUGAUUAAGUAUCGUCUGUUCAGAGAACACUGUGUUUGCGUAAAUGGAAAUUAUAUCAAGGAUCUAUCUAUACUCGGUAGAGAUUUAUCUAAAACUGUUAUUAUCGAUAAUAGUCCACAAGCAUUUGGAUACCAAUUAGAAAAUGGUAUUCCUAUAGAAAGUUGGUUUGCUGAUCGUUCAGAUAAUGAAUUAAUGAAAUUGUUACCUUUCUUAGAAAAUUUAGUAAAUUGGGGUGGAGAUGUUAGACCACGUAUUAGAGAACAAUUUCGACUCUUCAGUUUUUUACCACCAGAUUAAUUCAUUUCGUAAACACAAGAUUAACAUUUCAAAAGCUGUUAGCCUAUAUAGGUACGUACAUGUAUAGUAUAUCUUACGGAUAUAUUCAGCAGAUAAAUGUAAGAUAUCAUACAAAGCGUGCAAUAACACACGCCAAAAGAAAAUUCUAUAAUUUGCAAUAAUGUUUUGUUAAUAAUAUUCGAUACGUAAUCGUUGAAAUUAUUAAAAACCAAAAUAUAGUUAUAUCGAUAAAAGUUGAAAUAAUUCUUGCGCUGAUUUUUAUAAAAUUUCAAAAAGAGGUAAUUUAUUAUUUAAAUAUGAUAAACUUUGUACUUAUUUGCAAGGAACUUAAAUUAAUCUUGUUAAAAAGAUUAGUGUAAAAAAUACAUUUGAAAAAUUAACAUCUUAACAUAAUAUUGUUAAGAAAUAUCACAACAUAGUAGUUACUAGAAUCUAUAUUUAUCAAAUAUUUGGGCAGGUACCAAUCAAUAAAUAAAUAAUGAAACUCUCUCUUUAUGAAUCACAUAAAGACAAAUCAAGAUUUGAUACCAGUGACUGCCAGGGCUUAUGUGUUAUUGUGAGAAAAUUUCAUAAAUAAUAUUCUAAUCUAAAUUAUUAAAAAAUGAGGUUAUACACUUGUUAUUAAAUUGCUCUAGUAGAUACAUUAUAGCAAAUUAUAGAUAUCUCUCAAUUUAAAUAUUCUUCAUAUUCUUAGUUGUGGAGAAAAUGAAUAAAAUGUAAUUAAACAAAAUAUAUAUAAAAUAUGCAUAAUGUUAAGUUGAGAGAUGUCAAAAUAAUCGAAUACUAGAUAUUAAAAUUUUAUUUAAGAAAUUAAGAUCGAUCGCAUUCGAGUUUUCUUUUUCUCCUUUUUUGGGAGUGAUACAAUUUACUUCUCGAAGUUAAUCAUAUUAUUCAUUGUAUGCAGAAAUAUGCAAAGCAUUCAAUAUAUUUAUCCAAUUAUAAAGUAAGUUAAGCAGAAAUCUAUCAUCUAUGAGAUGAAAUUAUUGCAAUAGUUAAUUCAAUUAUUUGUUCCAAGAGAUAGUAAGUUCAUUGAAUAGAAACAAAAUAUACUGAUAGGAUAAACAUAAAUGAAUAAAAUACAAACUUCCAUUUUCGAAUAACUUCCGUUAUCGCUAGUUUUUAUUUCUGAGCAUAGUCCAUACAUAGCAGAAGUCGUACCUAUUAACAAAGUAAAAAAGAAAAAGAAAGAAAAUAGGAAUAUUAAACUUAUACUUUCAGAAUAAAACUAUUUUUUACAUUAAUCAAAAUUAUAAUUAACAACUUCAGACUUAUUAUGUUUGACUAAAUAUUUUUGCACAAGUAAUUCUGUUUUUAGUUACAUAAAAUGAUAUUCUAUAAAUUUUAAACAUAGGACAAAUGAUCAUUAUUGUCUACAGUUGUCAUUUAUUGUUAAAUUUGUAAUAUUUUUUGCUAUAUAGCUAUAUAUAUAUAUACAAUUAGUCUUCUGGAAAGAUGUCUGUAAUGUCUUCUAUAUUUAAGUUUAGUUAUAAAUAAAUAUGAUCUCAAUCUGAUUAUUUUUAAUCAAUAUAUUGAAAGUAUGAAUGUUUAAACUUUUCAGUUGAGCACUGCAAGUAUAAAUCAGUGUAGAUUACAAAUUCUUUAAGUGCAUACAUAUAUACAUAUAUUCAUAAUUUUUUAAUUACGAGUACAUGUUGAUGUGUACGUAUCUGUAUAAACGUGCGUGAGACAAUUAUAUCGCUAUAUCCUGCUAUAUCUAAUAGAAUUAAAGAAUUGCGUGUAAUUCAUAGCCAGAAAUUUAUAUCGAAACGUCACAAUUUAGUAAAACUGUAAACAUGUUACAUCUUGUAGUGUUUACUAUACUUCAAGAUUGUAUGCGCAUUUCACAUCACGAAUUUACAGAUGUGUAAUAUCAAUCUUUAUUAUAAAAGAUGUAAAACUU